AAGAUUGACUCAAUUCAAUACUCAGACACCAGAGACUGAGACAAGCUUCAGAUGACAAUACUAUAACUACGACUGCUAGAGCUACCGCUACUGCUACUGCUACGGAGUACAAAGUCGAGGUCUUCUUAAAGAAUUCAAUUUGAAUAUCCAAAAGCUACCGACCUACCAAAACAUCCCCAGAAAUGGAGACCAUGCAGGAGCUGAUCCCCUUUGCCAAGGAGAUGCUGAGCCAGAAGCCCAACCGAAAGAUGGUGAAAGUGUACCUGGUGGGGACCGUGCUGGCGUUCUUCGGUGUGGUCAUUGGACUGGUGGAGACAGUCUGUCACCCCUUCUCUUCGGAGGAACCGCUGGAGGAGGACGGGGCGCACCGAGCGGAACAAGAGCGCCGGGCUGCGGAGGAGACCGAGAAGAGACGGCACCACGAAAUCAUCCUGGAGAAAGAAAAAGCCUUCAGUCGCAAACAGCUGGCGACUACCGGACAAAGAAGCACUGCCAACCGGCUGCACGCCUCCUAAAGACACGAGCCAAGCAAAGAAUAUCUAUAGAGAUGCAUAUAUCCAUAUAUAAACACAUAUAUGACAUGCGCAUUCGGAGAGCACCCCGCUUUAUCCCCAACACUAAAAAGACUGAUCGUGAAAGAGAAUGAAUUCACAAAGUCGUGGGUCUGGCGGGGCGGCCGCUUCAGUCUGAUCUGGAAGGUUUACUGUUAUCAAAUAUUGCUGCUGUGCAGCAGUUUCCAUUCAUAAGCUAAAACUGCCUUGUUAUAUGGGGUUAUAAAAUGCUAUACUUGUCGUUACCUGUUUAAAAUGUGAACAAUUUUUGUUUUAUACUGAAAGAGAAAAAAAAUAUAUAUAUAUUUCAAAAUGCUGGUUUUUUUUGUUGUUUUGCAACUGAACAAAUAAAUAUUUUUUAUUAAA